UAAACGAUAGUGGGGUUUAAGUAACUAUUGUCGAGGUAAAAUGCACGGUAAAUUAGCUUCUUUAUCUGCAAAACGUAAUAUAAGUUACAAUUCCUAACCUCCGGAACUAAAGCACAUGGAAAUUAUAGAACAAAAACAUUAAUUUUUUAACAUUAUUUGGAUAAUUAUUUGAUAAAGUGUACGAUGGCAACUUUGAUAAUGUCCAACAAGAAUGAUGCUGAUCAAUCGAAACCGUUUUCCUACAGCCCGUCUUAUCUAAAGAGUAUAACAAGAAACCGGAAAAAUAAAAAACCUUUAGUUGAAACUUCAUCACCUUGGAAAGACAGCUUUCACAACCCCCUGGACACUUUGGAGGAACAGAGUGAGAAUUCAUCCAGCACCCAACCUGAUGAUUCACCAAGAAAUCUGACUCAGUUGACCAAGAGCAAAACAUAUUUGGAAAUAAAAGCGAAAUUGAUUCAAAUUGCAAAAUCGAGAAAGAAAACAGUGGACAAUUAUUAUUCACAACACUUCCGGAACAAAAGAUUCCAAUUAGCUGGAAGAAAAGUUAUCAUUUGUCUACGGUGGACAGCAUUUUAUCUUUUGAGUUCAAAGGAUACAAUACAAGAAGCCAAAAGGCUGUACACUGAAAUGCAAUUGAGAACAUCAGAUUAUGAAACAGUGGAUCUUAUGUUUGACAAAUCUUCUUACAAAGCAAAAACUGCGGUUAGAAUUUCAAAGGAAACACGAAGAAUACUGAUGAAAUCACCACACCAACGAACGGACGAAGAAGUAUUUAGGGCACAAAUAGCAUUGGGAAACAUUAAAGAUAUAGCCCAGUAUCCGUUCAGAAUGCAGAGGGAAAUAGCUAAAUUCGGAGAAUAUGAAAGUUUUGGAGGAAGGAGAUUUAUACUUCGUCAAGGGCAUCCACCUUCAGCAAGUUAUUUUGUUCUUUCCGGUGAAAUGUUUGAACUCAUUUACGAAACAUCUGAUGCGAAACCCAAACUUGGCCAAUCUAUCGUUAAAGGCGAUGAAUUUGGGGAAAAGGCCAUUGUGGAUGAUACUCUUCGAGAAUGCACUGUUAUUACUAAGGAACCAACAGAAUUGUUAUCACUGAAAAAGAAACAUUUCCGGCGUAUAUUUAUGUUAGGAGGAGGGCUUUGUGUUUUAGAUUCAGAACAGAAACAAUUUCUGAGACGCUUACCUUAUAUGAAAGGAUUUCCUAUCGACAAAUUGGAGGAAAACUCGGAGAAAGUAAAAACGCAAUAUUUCAAGAAAGGUGAUAUGAUAACUGAUGAUACUAGGUAUUUUCCAUGGCUGAUUCUUGUCAAAACGGGUAGCGUUUUCAUUUACAAACGUUUAAAGAAGAUAGUUCCUUUACACAACAAUCGCAAAGAACCAGUGCCACAUGUAACAGACCAGAAAAAGAAACCAGAAUCUCAAAGUUCCCUUACGAGAAGACAGAUGCUAAAUGAUAUCCAUAUACCAGUUAGAACAAAUGUAGAAAUUGAUCCAAAUGUUGUAGAAGAGAAACCAGGACAACCAAAGAAAUUUAUUCAUCCGUCAGACAGACACUGCUCCAAAGAUUCGACAGACCGUCUGCCUGAUAAACAAAACCAGGACACUGAAAAUAACAAAUACUCAUUUCACAGCAUACAAGAUCAGCUUUUAAAACGAACAACUCCUCCUCACUUUGAACCGUUACGAUCAGCAACGUCUAGAGGAAGUAUCUCAUCAGGACUUACUGGUGUUGAAUUAACAACCAAUAACGUGCAGUUAGGUGACGGUCAAAAAAGUAUUCAUGAAAAUGACGAUGAUGAUUUCUGGGGAAAAGCUCGCAGUAAGGCUGAUAGACAACACGCCGAGGAUUCAAAUACAGACAUUGUCCAUGUUCAUACAAUCACCAACGGUCAAAUUUUUGGUCUGGAUGAUAUAAUGGUUGAUAAGCGAACCGAACAGAGACAAAGUUUUAGUGUAUUUAGUGGUGGAGCUGAUGUUAUUUUUAUAGACAAAUAUUUCUUCAAAGAAAAUAUGACGGAACGAUUUAGAACCAAGUUAGUAAAAUAUUUUUGUCCAUAUCCUUCUGACGAGGAACUACAAGAAAAGUUACAAACUGAAGUCGAUUGGAAUGAAUAUAGAGUACGAACAUUGAAUAAUACAUUGUUUCUAUUGGAAAAGGAAUCUCGACUAAGGAAAUCACAGAACUUUUUCUAAUUUAAUUAAAAGCAUUUUGAGUUUCAAAAAUAAUCAUUCUUGU